AUGCCAGGCAAGUCACCUUAUCAAUCAACCCCGCUCCGUCUCGGAGUGGCCUUAUACCCAGGAUUCCAAGCUCUGGAUGUAUUCGGUCCUUUAGAUUGUCUAAACAGCCUCUCAAGAACCGAAGAACUAUCACUCGCUCUUCUUUCCUCAACACUAGAGCCCGUGUCAACAUAUUCUGCUCAAAGUCCAAACGCUAUCACUCAAAGCAUUGUACCGACGCAUACCUAUGCAGCUGCGCCGCCCCUUGAUGUUCUGCUCAUCCCAGGUGGCAUGGGUUCACGUGAACCCACCCCGCUGAUUGAGGAAGUCAUCACGUUUAUUCAGAAUACAUACCCCCAGCUCAAGUAUCUGAUCACCGUUUGCACUGGCUCGGGACUUGCAGCGCGUGCGGGGGUGUUGGAUGGGAAACAAGCGACAACUAACAAAAAGGCGUGGAAUGAGGUUACGGCUUUGAGAUCGCAGGUGAUUUGGGUUCCGCGCGCGAGGUGGGUCACUGAUGGUAACAUCUGGACCUCUUCGGGUGUUAGCGCUGGGAUGGAUGUCAUGCUUGCUUGGAUUGGAGAGGUUUUUGGUAAGAAGCUGGCGAGCGAUAUCGCGGAUAGAAUUGAGUAUACGCGACAGGAAGAUCCUCAUGUUGAUCCUUUUGCGGAUCUUUACGGACUGUAA